UUUGCUGCUGUUCCACAUCCUCCUGCUUUUUACCUCAGUAAGCCAGAUGAAACUCCAAAUUCUUGGAUGUCUGAUUCAGGAACAGGACUGACUUACUGGAAACUAGAGGAGAAGGAUACAUAUCACUCUUUGCCUGAAACCUUAGAGAAGACAUUUGUACCAUCACCCUCCACAGAUAUGUCACCAGGCCAGUCUAAUACUAGUAAUGAGAUGAAGCUACCAUCACUGAAGGAUAUUUAUCAUAAAAAACAAAGGGAAAACAAGCAGUUACCUGAGAGGAAUCUCACUUCUGCUUCCAACCCAAAUCAUCCUCCAGAGGUACUGACUCUAGAUCCAUCGUUACAUAUGAAGCCAAGUCAGCAGAUUUCUAGGAUUCAACCGCAUGACUUUUUGAAUGCCCUUGAUGACAGAAUAUCCUUUUCACCAGACUCUGUUCUAGAACCUAGUAUGUCUAGUCACUCUGACAUAGACUCAUUUUCACAAGCAAGUAAUAUUGCUUCUCAGAUAUCUGGAUUCCCAAAAUAUCCUUCAAAUAUAAAAGCUUCACCAAUGGACUCUUGGAAAAAUCAUACAUUCCAAAAUGAAAGUAGAACCAGUUCUACAUUUCCUUCUGUAUAUACUAUUACUAGCAAUGAUGUCUCAGUCAACACUGUAGAUGAAGAAAACACUGUCAUGGUACCUUCAGCCUCAGUUGGUCAGUCCCAGCUUCCAGGUACAGCCAACAGUGUCCCAGAAUGCAUUGCACUGACUUCCUUGGAAGAUCCUGUGAUAUUGUCGAAGAUUAGGCAGAAUCUGAAGGAAAAGCAUGCUCGGCAUAUAGCUGAUCUUCGAGCUUACUAUGAGUCAGAAAUAAGUAGUUUGAAGCAGAAGAUGGAGGCAAAAGAAAUUUCUGCAGUUGAAGAUUGGAAGAAAACCAACCAAAUUCUUGUGGACAGAUGUGCCCAAUUAGAUAGUGCUUUGAAUGAAGCUACUAGUCACGUGAGAACACUUGAAAAUAAGAAUAACUUACUGGAAAUAGAAGUGAAUGAUUUGAGAGAACGCUUCUGUGCAGCCAGCAGUGCCUCCAAAAUUUUGCAGGAACGAAUUGAGGAAAUGAGAACAAGUAAUAAAGAAAAAGACAAUACGAUCAUUCGACUAAAGUCUAGACUGCAGGAUUUAGAAGAAGCAUUUGAGAAUGCUUACAAACUCUCAGACAAUAAAGAAGCUAGAUUAAAACAAGAGAACAAAAUGUUUCAAGACCUAUUAGAAGAAUAUGAGUCCCUUGGAAAAGAACAUGGACGAGUAAAGGAUACAUUAAAUACAACAGAGAAUAAAUUGCUUGAUGCACAUACUCAGAUUUCUGAUUUGAAAAGCACGCUCGCAACUUCAGACGUCAGCAGGCGCAAGUGGCUAAUUCCAGGCGCAGAGUAUUCCAUCUUUACUGGCCAGCCUUUGGACAUCUCAGACAGUAGAGUAAAUGACCAGCUGGAGGAAACCUGUGUCCCUGGGUACCAUUCCCCUCCGGAAAAGGAUUCUUCAUCUGGAAGUUCACCAACAAGUUUGUUAAUGAAAAACCAAAGAGAGAUUUCAGAUGCACCAAUCAUGAAAGCUUUGCAGGAACUUGAUGAAGAAAAAAUAUUUAAAAAUUGGGGGACACAAACAGAGAAAGAAGACACCUCAAAUAAAUCAGUGAAUCCUCGCCAAACUGAAACUUCAGUCAAUGCAAGUCGUUCCCCAGAGAAAUGUGCCCAACAGAGACAAAAGAGACUUAAUUCUGCCUCCCAGAGAUCAUCAUCUUUACCACCUUCAAAUCGUAAAUCAAGCAUUCCAACAAAGAGAGAGAUUAUGUUAACACCAGUGACUGUGGCUUAUAGUCCAAAGAGAUCCCCUAAAGAAAAUUUGUCUCCAGGUUUUAGUCAUCUACUUAGCAAAAAUGAAAGCAAUCCAAUUCGAUUUGAUAUACUUUUGGAUGAUUUAGAUACUGUUCCUGUGUCUACAUUACAACGUACCAAUCCAAGAAAACAACUCCAGUUUCUUCCUCUAGAUGACUCGGAAGAAAAAAAGUAUUCAGAAAAAGCUACCGACAACCAUGUUAAUCAUAGUUCUUGCCCCGAACCGUUGCCAAAUGAAGUGAAGAAAGUAUCUGUGAAACCAGCCUGGGAGAAGAAUAAAUCAGUUAGCUAUGAACAGUGUAAGCCUGUUUCAGUAACACCACAGGGUAAUGAUUUUGAAUAUACAGCAAAAAUUAGGACCUUAGCUGAAACGGAACGAUUUUUUGAUGAACUUACUAAAGAAAAGGACCAGAUUGAGGCAGCUCUAAGCCGGAUGCCUUCUCCUGGAGGACGAAUCACUUUACAGACAAGAUUAGAUCAGCCUCCCAAAAUCUAUGAGGAAUCAAGCCAUAAAUUUGCAUUUGUUGGACAUCGUAUACCACAUCAUCACUAUAACUACAGAUUUCAUGGAUGAUGGUUUUACUCACACUUAACAAUUUCACUGUAACAGUGACCAAUAAUGUGAAAAAUUUGCUUCAUAUAGUGCUGCUGAUGGUUAGAAAAAGAUAAGUGCUUGUUGGAGUUGUUUUUUAAUCUAGUCAGAUACU